AUGCGGAAGGGGCAGGGGGGAGGGGGGGGCCCGUGCGGGGCGAAUACGACCUCGGGGGAGGCAGGGAACACGCGGAACGCGGGGAACGAGGGGGCGGGUAUGGAGGCGACAGACGCGAAGGAACGCGAGGAACGGAGAGACAAGUCGGGCACGAACCCCGGCGGGAGGAGCCACAGACCCAGCGAUGGGAGAGUCGGAAGCCAGAGCCGAAGUGACGGAGAGGAACACAACACGGAGGACGACCAACGAAGAAGCCGGGGUGCCAAAAGUAACGAAACACUGGAAGAAGAGAGGCCCAGACCGGCCGUCCCAUCCGCCAACGGGGCCCGAGCCACACUAAAAGGCUCGGCCGGCCAAGGGAACUGCCGGGCGGGCCGCCCCCCGGGAGAUAGAGAAUGCGCAAACCGCCCAGUGGGCCGCGCCAACGGCCCCGGCAGAAAACCACCCCCGCACCGAACACGAAACAGAACCUCCGCAUCCAGGGCGCAACUGCCCGCGGCGCAGCCGAGGGACCCGGCCUGGACACCACAGCGGCCCCGGGCAACCGGGAACGGAGCCGGCAGGAACGCAGAGGGUCGCGAAAAAGCUCCCGGCGGAAAUCCGCGUAAGACCAUGAAGACGGAGAGUAAGCCCGGAUCGACUGCAGCUCACACCCCCGGCGCGGCAGGCCCACACCAGGAAGGAGAACGGGCUGGCGACCCGCAACCCGCUCGGGCCGAGACCGCCGCCGGGGCACAGCCGAUGAACCCGCACCGAGCGACGGCGGCACGAGCAAGCAGCCUACCCAACACGGCGGGCCCAUAA